AUGUCUCCGAUGCUUCUAAACCGACUCUCCGACGGUCCGUCGAUAGUCCUCUCUCCCCAGGAACACCCCUUCGUUCAAUUCCCCUCCCAGUCGAAGUUUGGGUCAUCACCGAAUGCCUUCCAGAGCUAUGCUGCAGACUCGAGCUCUCUCUUCGCCAAUGGCCUCAAGUCACACACUGCUCAAUCUGUAAACAAUGCAUCAUGGAAGCUGUCUUCCACACCCAAUGAUUUUGUCGCGAAACCGUCGCGCAAGAGGUCGCGUGAUGAUGCUGCUUUCGAAGAGGCUAUGAACGCCCCUGCCCCUGUCAUGCCAGCUCCCGCUCCUGCACCAAAGGAGGAGCCUAUUUAUGGAGAAGGCAUGGUGCUGCUAAACCCGCGUACUGGCAUGGCUGUUUCCGCCGAGAGCCAGACUGGUACGUGGUAUGAAGAGACUGCCGAGAAGAGCGCUGCCGCGGCUCCUCCUGUCUCGUCUCGAUCUCGGGGGCUCGCUUCCGGUUCGUCUGAUAUCCCUGGCCGCAAAUCCCAACGCCUCGACACCUCCGCUCCAGGCCUCGAUGAUAUUGCCAAGUCUUCGAUCAGCCAACGACUGCAAAAUCCUACCAAUGACGACAACCGCCGUGGCUUCGACUCCGUAAACGGGAUGAGCCCAUUUGCGCCCAAAGAACCUCUCGUCGAUGACGCGACUCGCCUCCUCGGUAUCAGCUGGCAACGAAUUAGCACCGAUGACACCGACAUUGCUGCUGCAGUGCGCGGCUGGAAGAAAUAUAUCGACAACCAGUUUUCAGCUCAUCUCCGGGACUCUCAAAUCCUCAUGAAGAACCGAGCUCUGAAUGCCUACCUCGUCGCUGCUCUUCCGAUGACAUUCACUGGACCCUCAAAUACUCUCGCCUUUUACCUGUUCAGUGAUGAUCUCAUCCAGGGCCAGCUUGUGGGUUCAACCUGGGAAGCCUGCCUCCAAAAUCUUCGAUCAUCCCCCAUCACAUUCGAAGGUGCACAGGUUCUUAGGGCCGCCGACAAGCCACUCGAUGGUCCUUGCGAGAACGGCUCUGUUCUUGGCUCCAACCCAAUGGAAACCGGUGUCCCCUUGCUUCAAUCUCUCUCUGCAUAUCCCACCAGCAACUUCGGGGGUGUCGGAAUGAAUGGAGGCGUAGGAACGGGGACGGGGAUGGAAAUCGACUCGUAA